GAAGAAGAAGAAGAAGAAGAAGACCGUAGUUGAACGUCAGUUAAGCCAGUUGGAUAAAGAUGGAUAACGCCUACCCGGCUGGAGCUGAAAGCGACGGAAGCAACGACGAGUGGGAUGUCGGUCGUUUGGAUACAACGUCUUUCCACGCUACGGAUGUGGGUGACGCUGUAGCACAAGAUACACUGAUGAAAAGAGCCAUCGAUAAAGGAGACAUUGGCACUGUUCAACAGCUGUUGGACAAUGGCCUGGACGUGGAGACCAGGCUCCGCUUUGAAUGGACUCCUCUGAUGUGUGCCGUCAGUGUGGCUAAUUACGACCUGGCCAAACUGCUACUGGACAGAGGGGCUAGCGCAAACUUCAGCAAAGACCAUUGGACGGUGCUCAUGGCCAGCUGCACGGCAUCUGCCACUGAAGACCAAACCGCUCGCUGUGUGGAGCUCCUGCUAUCCAGAAGUGCUGAUCCCAACAUGGUGGACAGGUCUCAAAUGACCUGCCUGAUGCUGGCGGCCAGGGACGGCCACAGUAAGGUCAUCAACCUGCUGGUGUCCCACGGCGCCGCCAUCAACGUCCAGGACGCCAACGGAUACACGGCUCUGUGUAUUGCAGUGCAGUACGACAGAGAGGAGGCCGUGCUGCAGCUCCUUCAGCUGGGAGCGGACAAAACUAUAAGGACCAAGGCUGGCAAGAGCCCUACUGACGUGGCUGUGCGCUUCAAACACACGCAGGUGAUCAGGAUUCUGGCGUCUUCGUCCCACUCGUCAGCCCCCCGGGCUUUCUUCUCCACGGAGGAGACCCUCUCAAGGUUCUUCAUGACAAACUCUGCACCUCCACCGUCCAAUGAAAGCGUGACUAAGCUGGACGACCUCGAGCUGCUCAUGCACGGCCUGGGUCUCGGCCACCUCACUGACAUCAUUGCUGAAAAUGACAUCACCUGGAGCCGCCUGUUGACCAUGGAGGAGGAGGACCUGCAGAAGGUCGGCGUCACAGACCCGGAGGACCAGCAGAAGUUGCUCAGCGCUGUGCAGCAGAUGCACCUGGACCACGUGGACCUGGGCUCAAUCAGCUUGCCGAGCCCAGCAGACAGCGGGUCCCUCGUGUCUUGCAGGAGUGAGGAGCUGUACAACUUCCUGAUAAGCAGGAGGCAUCAGUGCUGCUACCUGACGGAGGCGAUUCAGGACGUCAUCAGACAAUUUCCUCGCCAUGCCUCUCAGCUUGUCUUCUCACCAGACCCAAAAAGAGAAGCCCUGGCCGCCUGCAACCUGCUGGUGGUCCAGACCAAAGAUCUGCAGAAGGAAGUCACCUGCCUCCGCAAUCUGCUAUGCCAGGCGGACGAGACUGCAGAUCCCUGUCUGCCCCCUCGACCUGCUUCCCGUGGCAACCGGAGGUUCCGAUUGACUGUGAGCGGAGUGGCGCUGAGCGCGCUCGGGGCCGCCUCCCUUCUCCUCUACAGAGCCGGCAGGGGAGGGGCAGUACAAAGGUUUCCAUGGUGGGGAUGAUGGAAGGACAGACGGGUUUUUCAGAAUGUUUGUUUUAAGUUUGUUUCUGCUGCUGUAGCACCGCUUUGCUCCAUUUGGUUUUGAGUUUAGUUCAGAAUACUUUACUGUUACUAUACUGUUUUAAGCGUUUGUGUGAAAAUAAAAUGUUCUGUUGAUGAGCAACUUA